UAUAUAUAUAUAUGCAUAUGUAACAGAGACCUCCGAUUCUCCGCUAGCGGCCGAGAACCGGCUGAAGCCUCUUUUCGUCCCGUGACUCAAGGAGCGACGGGCGGUGGAAAAGCGCACGUGGUUUUCCGGCAGCGGAAGAGCGCUGGCCAUGGGGACGACGUGGAGCCGCGGCGGAAGAAAGAAAGGUCCUAAGCAGAAUUUACAGAAGCGGCUGUCCUGCAGCAUGGACGUUGUGCCCGACAUGCCGGGCGAACUAUCUUGGGGCUCCAAGCAGAAGAACAGAGUGAAGAGCACCAACAGCAGCAGCAGCAAGACAAGCCAGAGAAGCAGUGCCAACAGCCCGCAUCGGAAAGCUGUCGAGGAGCUUCCCCAAGUGAUCGGCUCCGAGCUGCAGCGGGCCACCUCCAAGAUGUCUCACUCCUCCCGAGGAGAGCCUCUUGGACGAGCAAAGCCCCGGCCGCUCCAUCAUCAAGAACAGCCACGGCUUGAGCCACCUUGCAGGAUCCGCGUCUCACCGCCGAAAGUCCGUGAGCUUCGGCCCGGAGGUGCGCGAGGAGUUCGGGCAGCUGGGUGAUUCGAUGGCAGCGACGACCGAGCUCGACCGUCAGGUCACAGAAGCUCAGAUCUUUGUGCACCCUUGCGCCAUCGACAACUGACGGAAUCCGGACUCCUUGACCAAUUUGAAGUCAAGGUAGCUAUAGGUGUGGCUGGGCCCUGAAGAACUCGGAGAACUGGGUGUUUUGUUCCUUCAUCGCUUCUCGACACGCACGGACCGUCCCCAUCUUGUCACCGUCUCCGACUCGUCGCGACUCGCCGUUUUGGACGUGCCCAGUGGUCUUGACGUGCACAG